AUGGCUUCAGUUUGGAAGAGACUACAGCGUGUGGGAAAACACGCAUCCAAGUUCCAGUUUGUGGCCUCCUACCAGGAACUGAUGGUUGAAUGUACCAAGAAAUGGCAACCAGAUAAGCUGGUGGUAGUUUGGACAAGAAGAAGCCGAAGGAAGUCUUCCAAGGCUCAUAGCUGGCAGCCUGGAAUAAAAAAUCCAUACCGUGGUGUUGUCGUAUGGCCUGUUCCUGAAAACAUUGAGAUCACUGUGACACUUUUUAAGGAUCCUCAUGCAGAGGAAUUUGAAGAUAAAGAGUGGACAUUUGUCAUAGAAAAUGAAUCCCCUUCUGGUCGAAGAAAAGCUCUUGCCACCACCAGCAUCAACAUGAAACAGUAUGCAAGCCCAAUGCCAACGCAGACUGACGUCAAAUUAAAAUUCAAGCCAUUGUCUAAAAAAGUUGUAUCUGCCACUCUUCAGUUUUCAUUGUCUUGCAUUUUCCUUCGGGAAGGAAAAGCCACGGAUGAAGACAUGCAAAGUUUGGCUAGUUUGAUGAGUAUGAAGCAAGCUGACAUUGGCAAUCUAGAUGACUUUGAGGAAGAUAAUGAAGAUGAUGAUGAGAACCGAGUGAACCAAGAGGAAAAGGCAGCAAAAAUUACUGAAAUUGUAAACCAAUUGAAUGCUCUGAGCAGCUUAGAUGAAGAUCAAGAUGACUGCAUAAAGCAAGCAAAUAUGCCUUCAGCUAAAUCAGCCAGUUCCUCUGAAGAGCUUAUCAACAAACUUAACUUUUUGGAUGAAUCAGAAAAGGACUUGGCCACUGUGAAUUUAAAUCCAUUUGGUGAUCCUGAUGUAGCAGAAUUAAACCCGUUUGGAGAUCCUGAUUCAGAAGAACAAAUCACUGUAACAAUUUCACCUAAAAAACCAGAAGAAUCCUUUUAUAGUAACAGCUAUAAUCCCUUUAAAGAGGUACAGACUCCACAGUAUUUGAACCCAUUUGAUGAGCCAGAAACCUUUGUAACUGUAAAGGAUUCUCCACCCCAGGCUACAAAAAGAAAAAAUAUAAGACCAGUGGACAUGAGCAAGUAUCUCUAUGCUGAUAGCUCUAAAGCUGAAGAAGAAGAGUUGGAUGAAUCAAAUCCUUUUUAUGAACCUAAACCGACUCCAAACAAUUUGCUAAGUCCAGUUCAAGAACUGGAAACUGAAAGGAGAGUAAAAAGAAAAGCCCCAGCCCCACCAGCCGUCUCGCCAAAGACAGGAGGAGUAAAUGAAAACACAGGUGUUUCUGCAGGAAGAGAUCUCUCCACUUCUCCUAAGCCAAGUCCUAUACCAAGUCCUGUUUUGGGACGAAAGCCGAAUGCUAGUCAGUCAUUACUUGUUUGGUGCAAAGAAGUUACAAAAAACUAUCGGGGAGUGAAAAUCACCAAUUUUACUACGUCGUGGAGGAAUGGUUUAUCUUUUUGUGCAAUAUUACACCACUUUAGACCAGAUUUAAUUGACUACAAGUCUCUGAAUCCUCAAGACAUUAAAGAGAACAACAAAAAGGCAUAUGAUGGGUUUGCCAGCAUUGGAAUUUCACGACUACUGGAGCCUUCUGAUAUGGUUUUAUUAGCAAUUCCUGACAAACUGACUGUUAUGACCUAUCUCUAUCAAAUAAGGGCACAUUUCAGUGGCCAAGAACUGAAUGUUGUUCAAAUAGAAGAAAACAGCAGUAAAAGCACGUAUAAAGUUGGAAACUAUGAAACAGAUACAAAUAGUUCUGUUGACCAGGAAAAAUUUUAUGCAGAGCUUAGUGACCUGAAACGGGAGCCUCCACUGCAGCAGCCUCCCAGUGGAGCAGUCGACUUCACACCCCAGGACGACUCUGUAUUUGUAAAUGAUAGUGGGGUUGGAGAGUCAGAAAGUGAACAUCAGACUCCUGAGGAUCACCUCAGUCCAAACACAGUUUCUCCACACUGUCGCAGGACUAAAAGUGACACAGAACCCCAGAAGUCCCAGCAGAACUCAGGAAGGACUUCAGGAUCCGAUGACCCUGGAAUAUGUUACAAUACAGAUUCAAACCACGCACAAGUUUCGUUAGGCAAGAAGAGACUAUUGAAAACAGAGACUUUAGAAUUAAGUGACUUAUACAUCAGUGAUAAGAAGAAAGAUGUGUCUCCACCCUUUAUUUGCGAGGAGACAGAUGAGCAAAAGCUUCAAAAUCUAGACAUCAGUGGUACUUUGGAGCAAGAAAAAUUAGAUAAUUCCAGACCCGUAGAAUGCAGAUCAGAUCCUGAAUCAUCUGUCAAAAAACCAAGUUUAUCUCCCACUCCUAAACUUGGAUACCUGUACAAUAGAGAUGCAGACCUUGCAAAGAAAAAACGAACUUCCCUGAGGCAGGCAGAGUCUGAUUCAGAUGCUGAUAGACCCACCUUAAAUCAUGCAGAUCAUUCUGCAAAAACAGUCCAGCAUCGAAUGUUAUCCAGGCAAGAAGAGCUCAAAGAAAGAGCAAGAGUUCUGCUUGAGCAAGCAAGAAGAGAUGCAGCUUUAAAGGCAGGGAAUAAGCAGCAUACCAACGCAGCCACACCACUCUGCAACAGGCAGCUAAGUGAUCAGCAAGAUGAAGAGCGACGUCGGCAGCUGAGAGAGAGAGCUCGUCAGCUAAUAGCAGAGGCUCGAUCUGGAGUGAAGAUGUCAGAACUUCCCAGCUAUGGUGAAAUGGCUGCAGAAAAGUUGAAAGAAAGGUCAAAGGCAUCUGGAGAUGAAAAUGAUAAUGUUGAGAUAAAUACUAACGAGGAGAUUCCUGAAGGCUUUGUUGUAGGAGGUGGAGAUGAACUUACUAACUUAGAAAGUGACCUUGAUACUCCCGAACAAGACACUAAGUUGGCAGACUUGAAGCUGAAGAAACUCCUGGACACUCAGCCACAGGUGGCAAAUUCACUUUCCAGCACUGCUCAGAAAGCUGUUAAUGAAAGUCCAGAGCAAGACAUUAAGAAUGGCACAGAGGAUCUUAGGACUGAGCGAUUACAAAAAGCAACAGAACGGUUUAGAAAUCCUGUUGUGUUCAGCAAGGAUGCUACAGUCAAAAAGACUCAACUUCAGUCUUUCAGUCAAUAUGUUGAGAACAGACCAGAGAUGAAAAGGCAGAGAUCAAUACAAGAAGAUACAAAGAAAGGAAAUGAGGAGAAGGCAGCGAUAACUGAAACUCAGAGGAAGCCAUCAGAAGAUGAAGUGCUUAAUAAAGGGUUCAAAGACACCAGUCAGUAUGUUGUAGGAGAAUUGGCAGCACUAGAGAAUGAGCAAAAGCAAAUUGACACCCGUGCCGCGCUGGUGGAGAAGCGCCUUCGCUAUCUCAUGGACACAGGAAGGAACACAGAAGAAGAAGAAGCUAUGAUGCAGGAGUGGUUUAUGUUAGUUAAUAAGAAAAAUGCCUUAAUAAGAAGAAUGAACCAGCUCUCUCUCCUGGAAAAAGAACACGAUUUAGAACGAAGGUAUGAGCUGCUGAAUCGGGAAUUGCGGGCAAUGCUAGCCAUUGAAGACUGGCAGAAGACCGAGGCCCAGAAGCGACGCGAGCAACUCCUGCUGGAUGAACUGGUUGCCCUAGUGGACAAGCGCGACGCGCUCGUCAGGGACUUGGACGCGCAGGAGAAGCAGGCUGAAGAAGAAGAUGAACAUUUGGAGCGAACUCUGGAGCAAAACAAAGGCAAGAUGGCCAAGAAAGAAGAGAAAUGUGUCCUUCAGUAGAAACCAGACCAGAAUCCUGACCAACAUUUUAUUAACCUUGGGUUUCCCAGACCAUAAAAAGAAAAGUCAUUCUCGUUGAUUUAAAACUUGUAACAUUUUGUUUGACUGGAUUGUACUUCUUUACCACCACCAUCCUUUUCCUCCCUCCUUUCUGGAUUUUGUACAGAACUCCGAAAUAGCUUUGUUUAAGGGUUUUUUGGUGUGAAUUA